AUGGUUUAAGGACCACAGUCAAGAUGGAGAAGCUAGUGUAUUCCGUCUGUUUCCUCACGGUCUGUUUCCUGAUCAGCGAUUCCAGCUGCUUGGAUAUGGCUGCGAAGAAAUUCUCGUUGUUUAAAUUGCGACAAUCUUCUCAUAACUUCAAGAAGAGGUCAUUUUCUGGAGAUGAUUUGAAUGUUGGAGGAAAGCCUCAGGUGAAGAGACAGGUCCCCCCGCCCCCGCCGCCUCCGCCUGCUGUGGAUUUAUGGGCGUUGCUUGGAACUUCAAGAGAAAAUUUCAUUGAAGAACACGAGGAAGGUCUAACAACUGACGUAAUGACUGAUAUCAAAAAUCAAAUGAUGGAUAAUCUAAAUGAUGUAAAGAAUAUCGCGGAGCUUUGGGCAAGAGCCAUUUCGUGUCAGAUUCUUGCCCAUGCUACGUCUCAAGCAAAGAGAACGACGGGGGAGACAGAGCCAGAGAUUGAGGAAGAGAUUGAGGAGUUUGAAAAGGAAGAAGAAAAGGACUUAGAAGAAUUGUUGGCGUCCUUUGACAUAGAUGAAACUAAUUUAGAGGAAUUGGUCAAAGGACUACCAUUACCAGGGAUUGUUCUUCAAUGCAAAGAGAGUCCACUAAUCAUGAGAACUGGGGACGAUACAGUAGACAAACUACAGACAUUGGCUAUCUGUGGGCGAUUUCUCAUGGUGAAAACAGCAGAGGCGGUGGACCAACAUGAUGUUGAUACGGUGGACAACUUCGUGGAUGGUUUUGAACGGUACAUGAAAGGGGCUUUGACAUUCAUACACAUGAUCUUCCUGGCAGUUGAAGAGCCGGAUGAUCCAUCGGUGAGAGAAUUUACCAGACUUCUCCAGGAAAACAAACUUCACGAAUUAAAACGUUAUCUGCAGAGUGCCAUUGCCGGUAUCCAACACAGAAAAUAGACCCUUUGUUUUACCGUUUGCCUUUUAAAUUGAAGUAACUUCUUCUGCUGUAAUAUAUCAUAUUAUAUGUUUAUAUCAAGUAAUUUGUCUAUGUCAUGACUUUUACUGUACACUAUAUCCUUUCUUGACCUUUCUGAAUAUAAAUCUUGUGCAUCUA